AGAGUCUGUGUUGUGGGCAAUAAUUGGAUUUCAUGAGACUCUCAGUCACUUCCCAGUGCUCAAGUGUGCUGCUUUGUGUCGUGAUGGGGAAUAUGAUUUUGGGAGACUGUGAUUAGGACAACCGAAAAGUGCGGACUUCUGGGGAAGGUUAUUGGUCAAAUAAAAAAGAACAAGCUAUUAAUAGUUGGGUUUAUUUGUACUGUCACACACUUUCACAGUUGGCUGCCUCCGCACACAAUGUUAUCAGCAAUUAUGAUAUUAGUGCUAUCAAUUAUCUUGGCUUCAGUGGUAGGGUACAUGUAUGUAACCCAGUGGGCCUUUAAGUUCUGGCAGAGGCAGCAUAUACCCUUCAUUGUACCGAAGUUCCCUCUGGGAAAUGCCCAGACCACAAAUCCCAGCAUGAGGAUGCAUUCUGCUGUUCUCUUUGCCACAUUCUAUGCUCAAUUGAAGACAUCUAAUGUGUCCUUUGGUGGCAUCUACCUCUUCACACGUCCCAUAGCUCUGGCUCUAAACUUGGACUUUGUCAGGGAUGUGCUCACACGUGACUUUCGACACUUCUCAGACCGUGGCAUCUUCUACAAUGAGCAAGAUGAUCCUUUGAGUGCCAAUUUGUUCACACUAACACGGGACAAGUGGAAUUUACUUAGGGCCAAAUUAACUCCAACAUUCACUACAGGACGAAUGAAAGAAAUGACUCUGCUAGUCCUCAAAGUGGCCAAUGAAUUGCAAUUUAGUCUCAAGGAGUCUCUCAUGGUGAGCUCAACUGUCGAAAUGAAGGACCUAAUGGCGAGAUUCACAACAGAUGUCAUAGGAAAUUGUGCUUUUGGAAUCGAAUGUAACUCCCUUCGAGAUCCUCAGAGUACCUUUCGAGAAAUGGGACGAAGGAUUUUCCAGUCAAAUAAACGGUCGAGACUGCAGCAGCUGUUCAUGACAGCUUUUCCAUCGAUGGCCAAAUUUUUGCACAUGAAGGUUUUUGAAAGUGAUAUUACAUCAUUCUUCCAGGAUGUUGUCGAAGAGACAAUGCGACAGAGAGACCUCGAAGGUUCAAAUGAUAGAAACGAUUUUAUGGAUUUGCUCAUGAAACUUCGAGACAGCAAUGCAAGUUUAACCGUCAAUGAAAUAGCUGCACAAGCAUUACUUUUCUUCAGUGCUGGAUUUGAGACGUCUUCCGGCACUUUAACCUUCUGCCUCUACGAGCUGGCACUCAAUAAGGAUAUUCAGAUGCGUGUUCGGGAAGAAAUUCAAGCAAUUUCCUCCAAAUAUGAUAAUAAAAUAACGUAUGAUGCUCUAUCGGAAAUGAAAUAUCUUGACAGGGUCAUAAAUGAGACACUGAGGAAGUAUCCUCCACUUGGAUCUCUCUUCCGGCGAGUCACAGAAACCUACAAAAGUCCUGAAGGAGCCAAAUUGACGAGGGAUAUGAAUCUGAUUAUUCCGAUUUAUGCAAUCCACCACGAUCCGGAUAUUUAUGAGGACCCAGAAACAUUCAAUCCCGACCGUUUUGAGCCCGAGGAAGUACGUCAGAGACAUCGCUGCUCUUUCCUCCCCUUUGGGGACGGACCACGAAAUUGUAUUGGGCUUCGAUUUGGCUUGUUGCAGACCAAAAUCGGAUUAGUUGCUUUAUUGAGUCGAUUUGUCUUUGAGGCAUCAUCAACUACUCCAAGGUCAAUUCGUUUUGCAAGAAAAUCAUUCACUCUCACACCCGAUGGUGGACUCUGGCUCAACGUAAGGGAAUUAGUUUAAUGGAACAUCGUUAAAGUAUUAGGAAAAAGAUUUUUGUAUAAAUCUCCACUAGUUUAUAUAGAUAUCGCAUCCUUCUGUAAAGGGAGGAAGUAAAUGGGGCUAAAAUAUGGCUGAGAAUGAUAUAGAGAAGCAUAGUAGAGAAAAAAGAAAGAUCAACAACGAGAUGUUUUCUCCUGUAAUAUGGUAAAAAGAAACUUGCUCGAAGAUAUAAAAUAUCUCAUAUUUUGCCUAACAUGCUGUGGUACGUUUUAGCAUUGACUGCUAUAUGUUUUAGAAUAGACUGAAAGUUUUGGGAACUUUGUACAAGGAAUAUCUGAUUUAAUUUUUAAGUAUAACACUGGAAUAAUAUUAAUAUUUAAAUAUGGAUUGCUUUUUUUCAAUCAAUCAAGAAUAAAAGCUAUUAUUCAAUGUUGAUGUAAACGCUUAAAACUGGUAAGUUUCGUGUUUAUAAUAGUUGAAAGCAUGCUAUCUUAUUCAACGACUCAAGCUUCGAACGACUCAUCUUUUUCAACACGUUUUUAAUGAAUUUGAUUCAUUAUAAUAUUAUAAAAUAGCUAGUUCAAGAAUAUAGAAGAAAAAAUUGAGUUGCCGAAGCGUAAUGCCCUAGACACACUUACGACUUAAGCCGAGAGACGACUUAGUGGAAAAUGAUGGAAAUAUAGUUUAUCCAUUAUUUCUAAUAUAAUUACGUUAAGCCGUCUCUCGGCUAAUCUUCAUGUCUGUCGAGGGCCUAAGUCGUCGGAAGGUAGCGCACUUUCUCUUAUUUAGAAGUUAAAAAAGUCCAUUUGAUACAAGAAUCUACCCAAGAAGAAGUAAAAUUUUUCCUUUUUAGAAAGAAUAUCUCAAGUAUUUCAAUUGAGCUUUAAAAUGAGUUGUUUUAUUUACAAUUAUUAAUGGUUUAAGUUCUGUUUCGUAACGGAUAAGCCUUAGCGAAAAUUUAACUGAGAAUGGCAGUAAGAAACAAUUAUUUAGCUUAUUAAAAUUAUAGACACUUGAUAACGAGGUUAAUUCCCCAGCCUAAAGUCUGCUUUUGAUCUUCUUUACUCAUGAAUUUUUUUUUAAUUUUUUAUUAUUUAUAAUAGUACUCGAUAAUGUAACUAGAAUCACAAUGUAUUUUCAAAUAUAUAACAAUUAUGUAAUUUACUGAGUCGAAAAUUAAUUUAAUAAACUUCGUUUUUUAUCAAGAAAUG